AUGGCUGUAGAUGGAAAGGAUGGUCCCCCAAUAACCAUAACAAUUGAUAAAUUGCAUCAGAUGAUGGGCCAUAUUUCUCCUGAGGCUGCAAAACGAUUGGUGAAGGAAUUCCUCAUCUCAGGAAUCAUUCUGAAUGAAACAGAGUCACCAAAAUCGUGUGACUGA